AUGACUUAUGUUGCUCGGUCGGCAGUUGCAGCUGGUGGCAAGGGAGGUGGCUUUGUGAGAGAGGCUAUGACUUACAUGAUAACGGAUGAUAUGGAAGUGAAGCCUAUGUCUGCCAUUUCAAGUAUCGCUCUACUUAAAAACUUCGAUGUUAGGGAUGUUCGUUCACUUGAAGAGAUUGUGGUUCCUCUCGAUAAGGAUAAGGGUUUGAAAUUGUUGAAAGGCAUCGUUGCAGUCAAAUGA